CAUGAAGAUCUGAUUCUCCAGCCCUUACUUACACCACCCAACACGUCUCUUCUCCCCCCCUGCCCACCGCCGCCACGAACGCAUCCCGUCUCCUCUCUGUCAUUUAUAAGUGCUGCAGCAGCGUCUGUCUGUCAGGAGCGCUGAGCAGACACACAGGAUCUCACCAGGGGAUGAAAGCGCCGCAGCUUUCCAGCUCUGAACGAGCGGGACUCCUGUGAAAUGGAUUUAAACCAUCUGUGAGGACAGAAGGGAAGCGAGAGAGAGAGAGAGACAACACAAUAAAAUACUGCUUCCUUUGAGGUUCUGCAAUGACAGCGAACCCGGCCUGUAACGCCACCUCAGAGGACCCCAUCCCGUCCAGUGCUCCGGUGUUGCAGAGCAAGCCUUGGCCUCAGCAGAACAUCACCUAUGUGGAUUUCUACCUCCACAAACCCGGCGUGGCUGCCGUCUUCACCGUUUCCUACCUGCUCAUCUUUGCGGUGUGCAUGGUCGGCAACGGGGUGGUGUGCUUCAUCGUGCUGCGCAGCAGGAACAUGCGCACCGUCACCAAUCUGUUUAUCCUCAACCUGGCCAUCAGUGACCUGCUGGUGGGCAUCUUCUGCAUGCCAACCACACUUCUAGACAACAUCAUAACAGGAUGGCCUUUCGGUAGCAUCGUGUGCAAACUGAGUGGGACGGUUCAAGGGAUAUCCGUGUCGGCGUCUGUAUUCACCCUCGUUGCCAUCGCUGUUGACAGGUUCCGCUGCAUCGUCUACCCUUUCAAGCAGAAGCUGACCAUCGCCACCUCAAAGCUAAUCAUCGUCGUCAUUUGGGUCCUGGCUGUGUUCAUCAUGUGCCCGUCGGGGGUCAUGCUCCAGGUCACGAAGGAGCAGACGGUACGGAUCGUCCUCGGUCCCAACAGCGACACUCGCCCGUUCUACUGGUGCCGGGAGAACUGGCCAAGUCAGGAGAUGAGGAAGGUCUACACCACGGUUCUCUUCGCCAACAUCUACCUCGCCCCGCUAAGUCUGAUUGUUGUCAUGUACGCGCGCAUUGGCUUCACCCUCUUUAAGACCACCCUGCCUCCAGCGAGGGGCAGUGGGAGCGCCCCAAUGGAGGGCAGCGGGAGCAACAAACUGAGCGUGGACGGGCGCCAGACCAUCACGCAGAAGAAGAAGCGGGUGAUAAUGAUGCUCCUGGUCGUGGCUUUGCUUUUCAUCGUAUCCUGGCUGCCCCUCUGGACCCUCAUGAUGCUGAGCGACUACGCCAGCUUGACGGAGCACCAGUACCGCGUCAUCAACAUCUACGUGUACCCGUUCGCUCACUGGCUGGCCUUCUUCAACAGCAGCAUCAACCCCAUCAUCUACGGCUUCUUCAACGAGAACUUCCGCAAAGGCUUCCAGGCAGCGUUCAAGUUCCAGCUGUGCUCCGGCGACGUCCUGCGCCAACGGACCCUCUCCCACCGGAUCAGAGGGAACGCCGUGCUCCCAGUCCACCCGACGGUGCCGAGCAGACUGCCGUCCGGAGCCGGGUCGCUGUUUCUGGCCAACGGAACGUGUCAGGAGGAAAACGACGUCAGAGAGCAGGACCUGGUCAUGGAGGAUUUGGAAAAAGUUUCACAGAUUUAGAAAGACUGGGGUGGUGCAUGGCCUGAGCAUGCUUCAUAAAGAUCUGCAACCUAAAGAUCCAUAAACCCAAUUUAAGCUCCUCUCAUGUCUGCCGGAUGUAACCUGACGUUAUGUUAAAUGAAGACUGUUAUUGUGACACAUUGUUCACAUCGGACACACAUCAGUUCGCACCAGGGGAACGUUUAGCACUGUGGGGUGCCGUUUGCAAGGUUGCACUGUAAAAAAAUUUACAGUAAAUAUUUGACUUAUUUAGCCUGUCAUGAAGUAAAAAAAAUAGUGCGUGUUCAUGUUUCAAAUGUCAAAGUUACAAAAUAAAUAUUUAGCUUCCUAACUAAAUUUAGUUUUGCCAAAACUAAAUCGGAAAAACAAUUGAAAACAAAACAAUAAAUUUGCGAAAUAAAAGCUAUUGGUGUCAGUAUCAGGCUAAGUCGAAUAUUUAGCUUGUCAGUCGAAUAUUAAGUUUGUAUCUAAUAUUUAUAAAUGGUGGAACAAUGUGGGGAAAAUGUGACUGAAAAAUGAAAACCCACAUUUUGUUCUCUCUGACAGCCUAAAUGAACCAAGUUAUUACUUUUCAUUUU